UAAAAUACAGUAUCCCGCGACUAAUCAGACAUGAAAUUUCCAAAGGGGUAUCAUAACACGUAAAAUGGGGGUUUCUAAAUAUCCCAAUCCCUAAUAUACUAGUAGCAUAUGUUAAUUGUAAUUUGUAAACGACAUCAUGCAAAUGACCAUUUCAAAGUCACUAUUAAAUCAGACCCCCAUUCAAAGCAUUUGUAGUAACAUAAAUUAAAAAAGCAAACCACUUUGAAAAAGGAAAAGGCCAAUAUUUUUCCCUCGUCUCCUGACCCCUCAUGACUCUGAAGGCCUUUCGUUGCCUUUGGACCACCCUACCAGCAUCCAGCGCCUACUCCUACUGAGUUUUUUCAUUUUGGUCUUCCCUCACACCUCGGUUCACGUGUCAACUUCCUCCCCACGAAACCAGACUCAAGAGUCAAGACUCCUUCUCCCUCUUUUCACUCCGCGACUCCAAAGGCAAAAAAACAUAGAUAGAACCCUCAAAGCACGAAACAGAAUCAGAUUCAGAUCUGUACCUUUGACCCUUGAUGACCUCUAUCACUUGCAAAGUCUACUAUCUUCCUUAAUGCCUCCACCACCAUCAACCUCCUCUCUGUUAAUCACCAUCUUAUUCGUCUCUCUUCAUCACCUGGUCACCCUAGCCACUCUAACUCAUCAAUCAUGUUCCUCCCAUCCAGAAACCUUCUCUAGAUCCCCAUGCCCACCCUUCACUUCAACACCUCCUUUCCCUUUCUCUCUAUCUCCGGGUUGCGGCCACCCCUCUUUCCACAUCAAAUGCUCCACUCCUUACUCCACCAUCUUCAUCAACAACGUCUCUUUUUCUCUACUGAAAUACGAACCUAACUCCACUUCCCUCACUCUCUCUCCCCAACCCCCAAGAAAACCCCAUUCCAAUUGCUCUUCUUUCCAUUUCCUUCCCAUUUGCAAUCACUCCAUCGAUCUCUCAGGUUCCCCAUUUCGGAUCGCCGGUGGUUCUUGCUCCAGACUAUCCAUCCUCCGUUCCUGUUCCCCUCCAAAUUUUCCCAACUGUAGCCAAUGUCCUUGGGAAUGUGAGCUAAUCAAAAACCCAGUCAAACUCCUCCAUGGCUGCGGAUACACCCGGUCUUUCCCAGAACAAGGCUGCCAAGCUGAUGUCUUGGGUUACCUCGAAAAUUUCUUCUUCAAAAUGGGUUUUCAAGUAGAAUGGGAUGAAGCACAAGACUCUUACUUCUCAAGCUGCAAAGACUGUGAAUCGAAGAACGGUAUUUGCGGCUUCAAUUCCUCGGACCCCAACAAACAAUUUCUUUGCUUCCAAUCGAAAACCACCAUUUCCCCACCUUGGAUUCACGUAGAUCACCCUCAUAGAAUCGCAAUCUUAUCCGCUGUCUUCACAUUAACAUGCAUUUUCCUUAUUAUUUCAGUAACCAUAGCUAUUUUUCGAUACAAAAAACUCAAAUCUCAAUCCAUAGAAGAAGACCCAACAACUUUGUUCCUCCACCGUCACCGUUCAGCUAGUCUCCUUCCUCCCGUUUUCACCUACGAAGAACUCGAAUCUUCCACCAACAAAUUCGACCCAAAACGCAAAAUCGGCGACGGCGGCUUCGGUUCUGUUUAUUUAGGCCAACUCUAUGACAAUCGAAUCGUAGCAGUUAAAUACCUCCACAAAAACAACCAGUCAGGCAAAGCUCUAUCAACCAAAUUUUUCUGCAAUGAAAUCUUAAUCCUUUCUUCAAUUAACCACCCAAAUCUCGUUAAACUUCACGGCUAUUGCAGCGACCCCAGAGGGUUACUUUUGGUUUACGAUUAUGUCCCUAAUGGAACCCUUGCUCACCACCUUCACGGCCGUCCAAAUACCUCACUGACGUUGCAAGUGAGACUCGAAAUCGCUUUGCAAACGGCUUUAGCUAUUGAGUAUUUGCAUUUCUCCGUUGUGCCGCCGGUCGUUCAUCGAGAUAUUACGUCAUCAAAUAUUUUUGUAGAAAAAGAUAUGAGGAUUAAAGUUGGGGAUUUUGGGCUAUCCAGGCUUUUGGCUUUCCCUGAAAACUCGUCUUCGAAGUCGGAUUUUGUUUGGACUGGGCCUCAGGGAACUCCCGGGUAUUUAGAUCCGGACUAUCACCGGUCGUUUCGGUUAACAGAAAAAAGCGACGUUUACAGCUUCGGCGUCGUUUUAUUGGAGUUGAUUUCCGGGUUAAAAGCGGUGGAUCAAAGGAGGGAAAAAAGGGAAAUGGCAUUGGUUGAUUUGGUUGUUUCGAAGAUCCAGAUGGGAUUACUGCAUCAGGUUGUGGACCCCGUCUUGGUCCUUGAUGGAGAAGCGAUGGAGGGUGUUGAUGCGGUGGCGGAACUGGCGUUCCGGUGCGUUGCUGAUGAUAAGGAUGAUAGACCAGACGCCAGCGAGAUUGUCGGGGAGCUCAAACGGAUCAAGAACCGUACACGUGUGCUCAGAGUGUCGUAUUCAAAUGGAAGUAAUACUGACGUCCGAAAGGGCUGAUUUAGAUUUGACGUGAAGUGGGGGUGGGGUACAUAGGGGGCCGCGUCCACAUGUGGGGAAUUGACCUGCCAAUCUGUCAGAAACGUUUUUUCUUUCUUUUUCUUUACUUUUACUGUGGUUUUACGCUUCGUUUUACUGUGUCUUGCUGCUUUUGCAUAUUUUAGCGUCGGUAAAUUUUGGAAAUGUACAGUGGAGUAAUAAUACCAUAUAUGUUUUGUCGAAUGCCAUGACCCAACUAAAAUCCCAAAGCUAAUUCUGGUGUGAAGCAUUUUUGAAAGGAUGUUAGAUUUUGGUAGUGUAAUGUUUUUUAUUUGCAAAAUGGGGCCAAUGGAAUGUAUACAUGUCAACUUGGCUUUCCUAAGAUGCAACAAUUAUUCAGAUGUUUCAUUUCAUUGCAGCAUUAAUUGAUCAAUUUGGAGCUACCACUCAACCCAGGAUAUGCGCUCCGAGUGUGAGUUUAGCUUGACUCGAAAAUUUGAAG